GAGAAUCAAUUUCAGUUUGAAUAAAAUUCUCAAACAAAUCAGUCGCGGAAAUGGAUCUUGUGACACAAAUUCUCACACUUUUAAUCGGUUUUGCAUUAUUUGCUUAUUAUUUAUUGCACCGUAGAUUCACAUACUGGGAACGUCGUAAUGUUCCGCACAUCAAACCCGAAUUUAUUCAUGGAAAUUCACGAGGAAUUGGAAAAGACUUUUCAUCCGGAACAUUCUUCAAAAAUAUGUAUAGUAAAUUAAAAGGCAAAGGUCCAUUGGUCGGUGUUUAUGUGUCAGUUAUGCCUAUGGCUAUUGCUACUGAUCUUGACCUGAUCAAGACAAUUCUGGUUAAGGACUUUGAUGUGUUCACAAAUCGUGGAUUGUAUUACAACAAAGAAGACGAUCCGACAUCAGCACAUCUUGCGUCAGUUGAGGAUGAGGAAUGGAAAAGUUUAAGGAACAAGAUCACCCCAACAUUUACAAGUGGAAAGAUGAAGAUGAUGUUCCCAAUUAUUGUUGAUGUAGCUGAUCGAAUGGUUAAAGCUAUUGCUGUUGAAUUCAAUCAAGGUGAAUCUGUAGAAAUAAAGGAUGUAGCAUCAAGAUUCACAACUGAUGUCAUAGCCGAGGUUGCUUUUGGUAUUGAGUGUCAUUCGCUUGAGGAUAAGCAUUCAAAGCUUUAUAAAAUGGGACAGAAAAGUUUUGGAGACGUAAGUUUUUGGAAGCGGACAUUAACUGGUGCUUAUCCAGAUCUUGCAAGAAAGCUUCAUGUCACAACAUCAAACAAAGAAGUUGUUCAAUUUUUCGAAAAUGUUAUACAGCAGAACAUUAAGUAUCGUCAAGAAAAUAACAUCCAACGCAAUGACUUUAUGUCACUUCUCAUAAAAAUGAUGAAUGAAUCGACACUUAAUUACUUCGAAGCUUUAGCGCAAUCAUUUGUGUUCUUCUUGGCUGGAUAUGAGACAAGUGCAUCGACCAUGACUUUUUGUAUUUAUGAAUUAGCUCAACAUCCAGAAAUUCAGCAGAAAGCUAGGGAAUCAGUGAUUAAGGUAUUGGAGAAGCAUGAUGGGAAAUUUACGUACGAGGCUAUAGCUGAUAUGCAGUUUGUGGAGCAAUGUGUCAAAGAGGCCCUAAGAAUCCAUUCUCCAGCCUCUGGAACUAGGAGAAUAGCCAAACGUGACUACAAAGUACCAAAUACAGACAUUGUAAUUGAGAAAGGAAUGUCAGUCAUAAUACCAGCUAAUGGAAUUCAUUUCGAUCCAGACAUUUAUCCUGAUCCAUACAAAUACAAUCCAGAUCGCUUUGCACCAGAAGAAGUAGCCAAGAGACAUAACUUUUCGUUUUUGCCAUUUGGAGAAGGACCUAGGGUUUGCAUUGGUGAAAGAUUUGCAAUAGUUGAAAUCAAGCUAGCACUAGCUAAAAUUUUAACAAACUAUGAAUUCACUUUGGACCAUUCCAAGACACCAGUUCCAUUGGAAUAUUUGGUAAACCGUCUGCUGCUUACUCCAUCAACUGGAAUCAAUAUUUUUGUUAACAAACUUUGAGAUUAUAAUUUUAAUAAACCAAAUAAAUAUCAAAUCUAGCUUCUGUCCACUUAAAAAAAUCAAAAUAAUUAAACAAAAAUAUUUUUGACAAUAAAAAGUGUG